UCGCGGAAGGAAGACAUCUCCGUGCACAGUGAGACGUAACAAGCUAGCUGUUUUAGCUAAGCCCAGCUAGCAAACCAAAAACGCAGAACCUAACUGGGAGGAUCGGAUCAGAAUUCUGUUCUUUUUAGUCAGGUUUGGGCCAUGGUGAAGUUACGAGCCAGAUGUAUUCUUGUAGGAGCUGCAGCAGUAGGGAAGAGUGCUCUGUCUCAGAUGUUCCGCAGUGACGGCGCCCACUUUCAGAAGAACUAUGAUAUGACUGCUGGUGUGGAGCUGCUGAUGAAGUCAGUGAACAUUCCAGGGACCAGCGACACUGUGGAGCUGUACAUUUUUGACUCCGCAGGACGAGAGACCUUUGUGGAGGCCUGCAAGAAAAUGUGGGGACAGCCGUCGCUGGUGUGUGUGGUCUUCGACAUCAGCAGCCAGGCCUCCUUCAGUAGCUGCAGUCACUGGCUAGAGAGAGUCAGAGCCCAGGCUAAUGGACUGCAGCUACCGGGAGUGAUCGUGGGGAACAAGUCAGACCUGUCAGUGAGGAGGGAGGUGGAUUCGACUGAGGCAGAGGAGUGGGCCCGGAGCCAGGGUCUGGAGUACCACGAGACGUCCGUUAAGGAGAUGGUGAACUGUGAUGCUCCCUUCCUGAGUUUAGCACAAGCCUUCUACACCAUGUACCAGGACCGCAGGCAGCUGGUCCAGGCCCUCAGUUAACAGUCCACAGCGAUUUGCCGCUUGUUGUACUUAAUUAGACCUGCUGCUAUGUUACCACACAUCACUAUAUACGAAUACAAAUUAAACAUUUUGUACUUUUCUG